GGACUACUAACGAUAAAUGGACGACGAUUUGUGCUGGAAGCAGAGCCGAAUGCAUCGUUCCGUCUUGUUCCAUUAUCAGUGCAGUCGUGUGAAUGGGGCGGAAGGCGAAAGCGUUCUGCUGAUGGAUCUCAUACGGCUGAUUAUUAUAAGCAGUAUCUGGAUGGUCGAUGGCGUUAUGUAGAACUUGCACUCAUCGCUGAUAGAUUAGUGGUUUGUUUUUAA